AUGGCGAACAAUGAGUGGACGAUUACAAGCAAGAAGAGACGGAGACACACAAGUAAUACCCCUGCACCACGCAAACGGACUCGAAUAUCAACGCCGAAUGGUGAACUCUCUCGAAGUGCGUCAGGACGCAAGAGCGGCCAAUCUACUUUGACUCAGGUCGAAUUUGUGAAGAGCUCCUCGUUCGAGAAUGAGAAUGUUGCACCUGAAUUACUGUUGCCAAUCGCCGAGCCGUCGUCUGAGACUGUGCAACGUCCAGUGGCAGUGUCAACUGAGGCCGGCGGACUACAAAGAGACUCGACCUUGACUCAGCUCGAUUUCGUGAAGUCCCUAUCUGCUGGUGCUGGAAAUAAGGAUUCCGGGCUGAAUGUAGGAACCACACUCGAGGAACCUGUCUCUACGCGAAGGCCCAAAUCGCGGGUUAAACGACGAUCAUUGAAAAAGCAAGACUCUACACUGACACAAAUGGACUUUUUCAAGAACACAGAUACCAAUACCACAUCGAUGUUUGACGACGACGAAACUGUAUUGCAACUACACACAGAAUCAAAAAUUUCAAGACCUCCGUUCCAAUUAUUCGAUGGAGCUGGUGACACAGUAAUACUAGAGACCGUAGAAUAUAUGCGUCCUCCAGCUAGGCUCAAGACAGUAAAGCCAACCGCAAUUACUGAUGUGACAAGGCAGGAAGAGCCAGAGACUCAGGACUACCAACCUCCACAGCCUCGCAAGAACAGAAAAAUCGCAGAUCAGCAACUCGACCAUGGACAGCAUCCGCGCAGAUCUACCAGAAAGGUUUCUCGUAAUACAAUUUCAGACAGACCACCACUUCUCGUGCAGGAUUCGACCGAAUUCAAUUCAGUUGGGGAAGACCUACCUACUCUGGGUCAGCUGGCGGUUGGUCCAUCAACACCCUCCAGACCCAAGGACCGCAUUCCUUCAAGCCAGACGCCAGAAAGUGUCAAGUUGAGCACCACAAGACGGUCAAAAAGGCGAAGACCUCUCGCUGACCUCUCCGCAAACGUGCUAUUGUCUCCACGAAAGUUCUCUGCCAAGAGCCACGAGUUAUCUGGUCGGAAACCUGACAAGAAGUCUCCUCUACAUCGCAAGAUAUGCAUUCUGAAAGUUCCUCCUAGGGCUCUAUUGCCUCAGUCAAGCAAAAAGGAUCACGUAAAGGAUAUCUGGGCUGUCCCACUUACCUCAUCGUCCCAAGGAGGCAGUCGGAAUCAGUCUCAGCCGAAGCAAUCAGACCUGAGAGAGGUGGACAACAACAAAUCCGCAUAUGAUACACAGAAAUCCCUACCUGACCUUGACGAAAUUUUCCGCGAUCCUUCACGUCUGGUUAAGAGGACGACUCCAUCUAGCAAUCAGAUACAAGAUCUUCCUCUUCCCACGGAAGACAUGAACGCAAUAUUAGAAUUAGGAGAACUUAGCUCUGAUGAGUCAGAUCUUGGUUCACCUGUUCUCAAUGACAUACUUUAUGUCGCGGACCUUAAUCAACGUAUAUCGUCACCAACAAGCAAGGCGAAUAAUGAUGAGUACCGCCUGAAGCCAUUGACCCACCCAAACGUCGUUUCGCAUAUUUCUCCUGUGCGGAAAGACUUUGCGAGCAUAACCAACCAUGGAUCUCCCAUUGUUCUGUCACCCCUGCCAGUACCUCGUCUUGUGCCAAGUCCUAUGCGUAGGAUAUCACAGCAGAACCGUCACUCUGCGCUAAAGAAUCUGUCUUCUGGCCUUACAGAUGACACUACUGGAACGUCUAAGAGAGUAAGGAUAACACAAGUCCCACUCAACGAUACCGCGGAGUAUCACAAAACUUCUUCUUCUUCGAGUCCUCUAUUGCCACCAGCCUUUGUCUCGGGUAUGCAGAGAAGUGUUUACCCAGCAUCUUUACCACACCCUUCUCAAGUCUCCACUCAGGCUCCCUCGACACAGGCUAUCUUCCCCACAACACCAGUACACCACGGAUCACGCGAUGCUGUCGUAGAGCGAAUCACAAUCGAAGAUUCAAGCUCUCCACAAAAUCUGCGCAGUCGGGCUCAGCAGAUCCUGGACAUUGAAGAUGGACCAAGCGCACACGUUAGUUAUGAUAAAGACGAGCAUUCACAAGAGGAAGAGGAUACUAUUACGCAGACGCCGACACAAAAGUCUCGGAAGGACCUUCUACAGCAUCGCAUGACUACCCAGUCCUCGCCAGUAAUCUUGAACGCUACUACGAGGUCACAGCGAGAUGCAGAGCUGGAAAUUAUUGCAUUGUCCUCGUCCUACCACACGCAACUUGCGCAAGAGCAUAACUUGACCGACGCUGAUCCGAGUCAACCGUAUGAUACUCGGGGAAAACUUCCACAACCACGAGUCGAUCUCGAUGCUGCACCCGAAUCAAAUGACGAAAUUCCUUCCUCCUCGAUUGCCUCUUCUGAUCUUCUUUCACCUUCUCCACCACGGAAUCUGAAACGAAAAUAUAGUCCGAUCCCUGGGUUUGACAAUGAAACUCAGGCAGAUUUCACACAGGGCGGCCAUGUCACAGCUGCAUAUAUCCAUAAAGGCAGAGAACAAGGUUGGCUGCCUAAGAACUAUACACCCAGACCUUACAAAGCCAAGAACUGGAAAGGAAAAGCCACCUGA